AUGAAGGCUACUUUUGCAGUUCUUGCCCUUACGGGCACUGCUUUCGCCAGCGAGUACGGCUACGGUGGUGGAUACGGCGGCGGAUACGGCGCGCAGGCAAGCAGCAGCACACCUGCUGCUGCCGUUAAGCCCACCACUACCCCGGAGGCCGGAUACGGUGCCAAACCGACCUGGUCAUCGCCAGCCGCUCCAGUGAAGGCUUCUUCUUCUCCUGCUGAGGGCGGAUACGGAGAAAAGCCAACCUGGUCUUCGCCAGCCGCUCCAGUCAAGGCUUCUUCUCCUGCUGCUGGUGGAUACGGUGAGGGUGGAUACGGCGAAAAGCCAACUUGGUCCGUGCCAAGCAAUGGCAAGCCAUCGUCGUCUCCUGCUGCCCCAGUUGUUGCAAGCAGCAGCCAGCCAGCCGCAUACUGGCCAGCCCCAAGCUCGUCUUCUCCGGCCGCUCCAGUUGUUGCAAGCAGCAGCAAGCCAGCCGCAUACUGGCCAGCUCCAAGCUCGUCUUCUCCGGCUGCUCCAGUUGUUGCAAGCAGCAGCAAGCCAGCCGCAUACUGGCCAGCUCCAAGCUCGUCUUCUCCGGCUGCUCCAGUUGUUGCAAGCAGCAGCAAGCCAGCCGCAUACUGGCCAGCUCCAAGCUCGUCUUCUCCGGCUGCUCCAGUUGUUGCAAGCAGCAGCAAGCCAGCCGCAUACUGGCCAGCCCCUAGCUCGUCUACACCAGCCGCUCCUGUUAAGCCUUCCACUUCAUCUUCUCCAGCCUGGCCCGUCAAGGCCUCCAGCACCCCAUCCUCUCCAGAGGAGUGCGAGGAGAGCUCAACUCCUGCCGCCCCCGUCGAGACAUCGCCAUCUUCUUCUCCCGCCUGGCCCGUCAAGGCCUCCAGCACUCCAUCCUCUCCAGAGGAGUGCGAGGAGAGCUCAACUCCUGCCUCCCCUGUGACUCCUGCAACCAGCUCUAAGCCAGCCUGGCCAGCGAAGCCAAGCAAGCCAGCUGGUUCCGAGGAAGAGUGCGAGACUUCGACCUGGCAAGAGGUGACAACAUCCGAGAGCGUCAUUACUGCCACCGUCACCGAGGGCAGCCACACCUGGGCGCAACAGAGCACCGUGACGGUCACGAUCACCCAGACCAAGACCGUGACUCUGCCCAAGCCAACAGGCACCUGGGCUGUUGCUCCUAGCAGCUCUGCCGCCCCCGUUGCCUCUGCAUCUCCAUCUUACGUCCCGCAACCCGCUUGGAGCUCUCCUGCUGCUUGGAGCUCUCCGGCUGCCUGGAGCUCCCCUGCUGCUGCUGUGUCCCCAUCGAACGUGUACAAGCCAUCGUGGACCUCGCCAGCUGGCGCUGUCGCUCCAUACCCAACUGCUAACAGCUGGCCAUCGGCUGCCGGCUAUGCCAAGCCAUCCAGCAGUGGUUCUUGGCCAGUCAGCCCGGUCCAAGUCAGUGUCAACGGUGCCGCUAAGAACGGCAUGGCCGCCGCCGCUGUCGCGGCCGUUGCCUUCUUCCUCUUUUAAAGGAAGGUAACGUGAAGGCGUUGAGUUUUAAGGCUUGGUGAUAUGAAAACUAUUUUUUCAUUGUGUCAAUGACAGCGAUCAGUGUAUCUGCGCUAUGUCUACGAGUUGCCUUGUAAGGCCUGGAAAAAAUCGCUUGUAUGGUGAAAAAAACAUACACGACAGCGGUUAAUUCGCGUAGUCGGAGGUCAAUGUACAUACAUAGGCGAGUAUUGUUUGUAAUUUUGAGAUUAUUACAAUGUAUUCUUCUUAUGCCUAGAGAGGAAAUCAAUGAUACUCAACAAAGUUCUUCACUUCUGAAACAA